AUAACCAUCAUAUUAUAAACAUGGCAGGAGCUGAGCAUGAUUACGUUGUGUAUCAAAGAGGAGAGGUGUUCUUUUGUUUUAAAUUUUGUUUUAAGUUUAGUGAGAAUGAGAUAGAUCUAAAUUUUCACUAGUCUGACUAGGAUAAUACCCCUGUAUUAAUAAAGAAGUAAAUCGGUGGGAAAAGAUUAACACUUCUUCUUCUAAAUCUUAAGGGCCCACGAUCAAUUUAUUGAUCAUUUUGGCUCCUAUGCAUGUAGAUGGGCCAUGGGAUUUGAAAUGUUUCUGUUCUUGGUGUUGAUGAGGAAAUUUCACUGAUUUCUAGUGGCACUUUUUGAGGGAAUCAUGCACUAGGGGUUUGAAGGUUUGAGACAAUAGACACAAAUGUGUCUUAGUUUUAGUGUUGUCGCUUCAACAGUUCCUCUUGAAAGAUUGUUCCAGUCCGGGAUUGUCUUGGGCAGGAAUGAGCACCUCCUAUACUACUGGCUUCUUGUGAAAGUUGGUGGUGGUAGUCAUAAUGGUGGUCAUUGGGUGGAUUACUGGAUUAUUUAUUUAGUUUAGGCUUAUUAGGUAUUGGCACUAUUCACCAUUGGCUGGCUUUGCUUACAUUUGCCAAUGAAUAAAAAUUAUACCCAAUCUAAUCACUAAUACGGUAAAUUCAGAGAAAGCAGCCCGAGUCUAUUUCCAUGGCCGCCAUCUUGGUUGCCUCGACCCGCGCACUUUUACGUGUGCACGGGUCGAGGCAACCAAGAUGGCGGCCAUGGAAAAAUAAAAUAAUUCACGUUUGCUAAAAUUUGGAAGAAAAUUUUUUAAAUGUAUGAAAAAAUUGUCGGAAAUCGAUCCCUAUGCCUAACCCUAACCCUAAAUCGAUCCCUAUGCCUAACCCUAACCCUAAAUCGAUCCCUAUGCCCAACCCUAACCCUAAAUCGAUCCCUAUGCCUAACCCUAACCCUAAAUCGAUCCCUAUGCCUAACCCUAAAUCGAUCCCUAUGCCUAACCCUAACCCUAAAUUGAUCCCUAUGCCUAACCCUAAAUCGAUCCCUAUGCCUAACCCUAAAUUGAUCCAUAUGCCUAACCCUAAAUUGAUCCAUAUGCCUAACCCUAAAUCUAUCCCUAAGCAUAACCUGAACCCUAAAAACUAGCCGUAAAUCCACAAGCGAAAACACGUGGGAUUUCACACUUUGGGAAGAAAACUAUAAAAAUUAACAAAAAACAAUAAAAAAGGGCCCCAAAUAAUUAUAAACUGAAGAAAUAAUGAAAAUCCAACUUACAGUUUCAUGAAAUUCACUUUUACACACUUUAUUUCAGGUUCCAAAGAAAAUAUAGCCACAAAAUGAAUAAAUCUCCACACCCCACAGGCACCCCAAAGAGAUCAAACAUGGCGGAACUAAAGAAAUAUGAUAAUGACCCAACCAAUGAAAAUUUUACAAUUAUAAUUAAUCAACCAAUAAAAUUUUAAUUCCGAAAAUGUAACUCUUUUAACAAAAAAAUAAAGGGAGUGAAUCCAAAACAAAGUCGUCGUGGGCCGCUAAAUCUGAAAUAGCCUCCUAAUUGCUUAUGAUUCGGAAUAAUGAUAAUGUUGAGAUAGGAUAAUUUACUCACCCUCUUCUUUCUAGGCUCUACACUUUCAGAGUAGAUAAUGAUUCUUUAUGAUGGACCGAUUAUGAUUAUUAUAUUCUCAUUAUACAUAAUUAUUAUUAUUUCAUGGAGAAUGAUGGACAUAGCCUUUUCGGGGUGUAUGUGCCAAAAAGACGGAGGCCUUUUUACAAGCUCGGCGCUCGCAUUGCAAAAAAAUUUAUAAAAAAUAAACUAUUCCCUUAAUAUAUGUAAAACUAUAUAUAUUCUUGUAGGAAAUUGAAUGAACUAAUGCAAUCUUUAUGAAUCAAACUGAAAUAUCAAAAUUUAUGCAAAUGAGCUACCCUGAUUUGCAUUAUUUAUGCUUGUAAUUUUUUUGUUACACCUAGACUAAACAUGACUUACUUGUAUCAAUUGUGUGAAUUUUUUUAUGGAUGAAGCCUGAAUAAGUUCUAACACUUUUGUUGUUGGGAGACAAGGCCCAUGGAGGCCUUUCAGAUACAUCUGGCACAUGGUUCUACUCCUUUUCCACCCCCCCACCCCCCCUAUUUUUCAGUUGUUACAUACACACUGUAACAGGCCCCCAUUUAUGACCUAGGGACCUUUUCUUAAGCUGGAUGUUACUGAGAAAGUUGUCUGCAUAUCUAUUGGUCUCUCUCAUAAACAUUUGAGUGAUAUUUAGUGUAAAAAAAUAGCAUAAAGUACUCAAAUGGGGUGCUUAUGCCUUACCUAUAGGACUUAUGUUGUCUAAAAAUUCAGAAGGGUCAUCUCUGUCCAUUUGAGGACCCCUAAUACUAGUAACACUAAACCAAAAGGUCACAACAUUAGCAUUACCCUCAAUGUGAAAGUCAUCAUUAAUUUCCUGGUUGUUUUCAUCAGUUUCAGUGUCAGAUUCGCUGCUAGAAUAUCAAAAUCACUAAGCACAGUUUGAUCAGAGUCUCUGUCAGAUAUGUUCAAAUUUCACGAUGUAACUACACACCCAAAAAAAAAUUCCUGCACACAAAUAAAUUGAGUUCACCUUCAACGAACGCCGCCAUUACAAUGCGGGGAUGUGCAGGAAUACGUAAGAAAAAUUUUGAUUAGCUGGUACAACGCCAAGCCAGCCAAUCGGAGGCUCGAUUUAUUGGGCCGAUAGUUCUGACUUACGUCUUUCUCGCUAGUCAACCUUGGGCCGAUAGAUCGGCCCUUACGUCUCCAGAGGGUUAAUAAUAUUAAAUGAAAAUGACAUUUUAUUUUCAAAUAAACUAAUAAAGUAUUUUUUUCCAUGAAGCUGUAGGCUAUGUAUGUUCAUAUUGAAUUGAGCUUAUGGCUUACACAAUGAGAAUUAAUAUGGGCAUAGUGCUCUCCUCUACCCAGCAUUAUUAUUAUUAUGCCUAAGCCUAUGAAACCACAACACCUGCCUAUCCUAUCAACUUAAUAAUUAAUAAUCUAAUUUUAAAAUCUUAAUGAGUAUGUCUAAGAUGCCUAAAUGAUUUGCUUGAUAGCAUAUUCUAAUAUAGAUAUUUGCGAUUCUAGUUUUAUACCAACUGGGGAAUUAGUAAUAUACAGGCCAAUUUAUUUAAUGAAUUGUUAUCUUUCUUAUCACAGACUAGCUCAAACUUCCUCGCCCUAAGUUCUAACUGUACAGUUGUCAACCUAUGUCUCCUUGAAUGAAUAAUAAAUUAAAUAAAUUCACUGUGCAGCUAGUUUAAUUAUUAAACUUAAACCCACUCGCACUCCUGCCUGAGGCUUCUUUUCUGUUCUUACAUAUUUCCUAAGCAGAUAUACCAGGGGAUGCUGUGCUGGGAUAAUACAGCAGGCUAGAUUUUUUCUUUCCUUCCCAGUGUACUAUCGAUAGACUAAGAGGAAUAAGAUAUAGAUAUCAUUGCACUGUAUAAAAGUUUAUAUUUUAUGUAAUUCUAAAUAAGACUUUCUAAAUAAGACUAAGGACGCAACCCAAAAGUAAACUUUAAUUACAUUGAUUGAUGAUGAUAAAAUUCAAUUAAUUAGAUUAGAAAAUAAAUUAUACAUAACUGGAGGAUAUUAAAUAAUUUUCUUCUUUUGUAAUAAUUCAAACAAAUCACUUAACAUAUUAUAUGUAAACUUAUACAAUACAUGUAUGGAACUAACUUUCAUUUCAAGUGUUUUUUUUAAACAAUCUUAUCAUUAUUAACAGGAGGGUGAAUCUGAUGCAUGGGAUGACACAGUUUUAAUCAAGGCCUAUGAUAAUGCUGUUUCAGCAAUGAAGGUAUGCCACUGUUAUAUCCAUUCAGGAUAAUUUUUUUCAAUAUUAAUAUUAAGGUUUUUUUUUACAACUUGCAUCAGUUGUAAGAUUUCAAAAACUUUUUUGAGAUAAUCAUGAACUAAUUUUGGGUUAUGUAAUAAUUAACUGAGGAUUUUUUAAUUUUAUUUUUUGUCACAGUUAUUUGCACAUCCUAUCAUUUAUAUAUAAAACUUAAAUUUAUCUCAAAUAUUCAUUUAUCUCAAUAUCUUGAGUCUUACUUACAUAGGUAAGCAAUGCCCUUAGUCUGAGUGAUAAUAAGUGCUCUGUUUUGUAUUAAAUUAAAGUACCGAUACAAAAAAAUGAACCCAAAAGAACUAAAGUUUGUAAAAUUAUCUAUCUUUUGUCAAAAGCAGAUGGUGACAAAGGCUUGCUUUGGAUAUUGUUUAUAACCCAAUUAAUUCAACGUAGUUUUGCUUUUAUGUUUUCAUAUUUUUCUUUUACAUGUAAUCAUUUGAACUGAUUACUGUCCACAAUUUUCCUGCUUAAUGAAAUUUCAAUAACAAACUCUUAAGUGACAAAUACAUUUUUUUUAAAUUUAUAAAUGCCUGUUAAAUAAGUUUUCUAGACUUAAGUUGUAAUAAAAUUGGCACAAAAAUAAAAUAUGGGGAGCCGAAUUUUUAAAAAAAAUUUUAGCUUUGAAAAUACUGUAUAUUUUUUUUUUUAUCACACCAACGGCUGUCUUUAUUUAGCGUCAAAAUUAACAUUCUGAUUCUUGGCAAAAGGUUUAUUUUAUUAAAAAAAAUUAUUUUUUAAAAAUAUUUUUGUCUUUUCCAGGCUAAAUUAGCAGAACAGCAUCCUGAAUUUUCUUCUGUUCAACCAUCUUUAAAGCCAAAGAAAAAGAAGAACAAAACAAAAUGCAAAAAGAAGCAGAAACAUGUAAUAAAUUAGUUCAUCAUUUUUUCUGAAUGAAAUAUACAAACUUGAAAACGUUUUGUUUUCAUUUAGGAAUUAUAAUAUUUUGAGGAUUGUUCUCCCCCUUUUGGGCUGGAGUUAUAAUAACCGACUGGCUGAAAUUGGUAAUAUGGCCACAACAAAAAAUUUAAAUCUCUAUCUGAUUGAACCUGUCUGUUUUAAAUAUGUUGUAGUUUUCUUUUGAGUUCAGAAAUUGUAUUUAGAUUUAUAGAACUAACACAAAUUUGGAAAAGUCAAUCCUUGAUUUUUCUACAAUUUCAGACCUGGUUAUUCUUAUGAUUUUGGUGUACAAUGUACGAUUUUGAGAUGUCUUAUACUUUUUACAAUUUGUAUACGAAGACCUGCCAGAACUAUAAUUUUUGAAAAGCAGUUUUUCAGAUUACAAAAACAUUAUCAGUUGUUGGUUUUAGCUAAUUUAGUCAAAGGAACCAGAAAUACGAUAGGAUGGGUACCCAUAAUUAUAUUACUUACGAGAGGAAAAGGGUGGAUGGGUGUUGUAGACUUAUGGGCGUGCAUGAGAGGGGGUAAGGGGGGAAGUUCCUAAUAUGUUUUAAAUUUAAAGGCUGUAAAUUAACACAGCCCCGUUUUGUAAUGAUGGUGAUGAUCGUCAUAUUGUUGCUUUGUGUUUUAACUAUGAACUCGCUGGAUGCAGCAAAGUAAUAUUAGCGUAGUCCCCUUGGUGAACAUUUAGUAAAAUAUUGCUUUUGUUAGCCUAAUUUAUGACCUAAUUUAGUGACUUAAUUAUUUUGUUUUUCAGCUGAACCAUGGCGAAUUUGAAAACUGAGUUAAAAAUGGAUUUUUAAAAUGCAUUCUUAGCUGCUCUGCAUGACAGCAUUAGAUUUAGACAUUUUAGUAAGAUCUAGAAAGAUGCUGUACUAUUUUAAUACUCCAGUUUGGUUCCAAACCAGUACAGCUUGCAGCAUUAUAAAUUAUUAUAAAGACUAUAAUAUGUUAAUGGAAAUAAAAUCAAGCUUCUAGACUUAAUGUAAGGGUUGCCGACCCGUUGCCCGCAUCAUUGAAUAUUGCGGCCUGUCGGAUGUAUCACAAAUGAACUUAUUUAUUUUUUCCAUUAGUGUUUAUUUUCUAUCUUGGCUUAAACACACAUUUGAGAUAUAUAUAUAUAUAUAUAUACAUCAAUUUUUGGUGAUAAUAUGUACCAUUUCAGUGUAACAGCCCCUCUUAAUAUAAAAAAAAAAUUGUAAGCAAUUUUACUAUUUAGUAAUGACUAAAUUGAAAUGAUUUAUUUUAACAGCUAAGUGGAACGUAAUUCUCCACCACAAGCUCUUCUCCUAGUGUAGAAUGAAACUCAGACCUGUUUACCCUCACAGUUCUUCUCCUAGUGUAGAAUGAAACUCAGACCUGUUUACCCUCACAGUUCUUCUCCUAGUGUAGAAUGAAACUCAGACCUGUUUACCCUCACAGUUCUUCUCCUAGUGUAGAAUGAAACUCAGACCUGUUUACCCUCACAGUUCUUCUCCUAGUGUAGAAUGAAACUCAGACCUGUUUACCCUCACAGUUCUUCUCCUAGUGUAGAAUGAAACUCAGACCUGUUUACCCUCACAGUUCUUCUCCUAGUGUAGAAUGAAACUCAGACCUGUUUACCCUCAAACUCUUAAAAUCGUACAAUAUCAUCACAAAAUCGUUCAAUACCUUAUAUUUAGAGUAAAAAAUAAGCAUACAGUAUAUAUUUUUACACCUCAAAAUCGUACAUUGUAUGCCAAAAUCGUAAGAGUAAACAGGUCUGUAAACUAAAUUCAGGUAAAUGCCAAAGUGCAUACCUGUAUUUUGAACUUUCAAAAUAAUUUCUGGGGAGGAGGGCUCAGCCCCCGCCCAUACUUUUACCUGGGGUAUUCGUCAGGCGUCCUCGAUUUCAGCUCCCCCGCUCCAUAUUUGUCAUCUGCUGUUGGAAAGUGACCUUUAGUUGUCAAAGAGUUAUUGUAUAAAUUCAGUGGUGUAACUAGGGUUAGUGCCACCGGGGCAACUGGAUAUUUUUGUCGCCUCCUUCAAGACAAAAAUUGUUAUUUUCAAAAAAUUGCUGCUCCUCCAAAUAGAGAAAAAAUAAUUGCACUGGUUGGACUGUGACCCCUUGACAUUAUACUGUAUGUUUGUUUAGUCACUUUAAUGAUUGGGUAAGAUUUUGAGAUGUUUAUUUAUUAUUCUGGAAUGAUAGUGUACUACUAUAUUUUUAGAGUUCCAUUGUAACCAAGUCUGUAAUGUAGAUAACUGAAAAUUGUAUAAUAGUAUUAUUCAAAAGGGUUGAUGGGAUUGUUGGGAAUGUGUCAUGAUUAUUUUUCAAUGGGUUUUUUUUAGCAUCAGUCAACCCAUAUCAGAUGGAAAGUUGGAGACUUAUGUCAAGCUGUGUAUUCUGUAGAUGGUGAAAUAUAUGAAGCUAGAAUAGUCUUCAUUGAUGAGGCUAAGCAGACUUGCACAUUAGAAUAUGUUGACUAUGGAAAUGAGGAAGAACAGCUGCUUUCAAAAUUGUUGCCUAUUGACAGCCCUGCAUCCUCUCAAGAACAGCAGACAGAUACAGCUAGCGAGGCCCGUAAAAUAUUAAAACUUUAAAACUUUUUAUGGGCAAAAUAUUUUUCAUAACUAUAAUCCUUUGUUGAAGCUAAGCUUAGUUAAAAUAUUUACAGUUCAUAUUUACAGAUGGUAUUUUUUUAUCAAAGCUUUUCAUAUUUUGCUUCAAUGUUAAAAAUGUUUGUUUAUGACAAAUGCCAAAGCCAUUUUUAAAAAAAGAUAAUGAAUUAUCUAUCCAGACAGAAAGUGUGAGUAAAGCACAUAAUGUUCCCGAAGCCAGUUUUAACAAGCAGAGGAAUAAGAGAUCAUCUAGUCAUCAGCAUUUCCAAAGUACCCAGCAUGCUCCGAAAUGGCCAUGGAAUGAAUUCCCACCUGCUCCACCUUUUGGACACAUGCCAGCUCCUCCACCAGUAAGGAAUAUUGUUUAUUCCUUUCAUUAACCCAUUCACUACUAUUGCGACCAAAUGCUACAUACCCCCCCCCUCCCCCUUGCUACUAAAGCCUAGACACAUACAUAAAACACACAAUAUCGCAGAAGCAUUGCUGCCAUGCAAAUAGCUUUGGGAUUUUUAAAAAGUAUGAAUAAUUUAGUUUUAGCUGAUUUAAGGUGUGUGGUGUUGAAGUUGGUCUAGAUGGCAUUUUAGUUUCUUGAUUCUUUGAUUGCUUCCUCCGCUUCUAAUUAUUAAGCAGAUGAUAAUUCUAACAUUGAAAACGAAUGAGAAAUUUAUAUUGAUCAAAACGCAUUGAAUUCAGACUCAGAAUCAUAAAAUAAAAGCUUCCAAAAGGAACAGUUGAGGUGACAACACUUGACACAUUUGACAUCUGCGUCUAUUGCCUCAGGCUUUCCAACCCCACCCCGGUUCAUGAUACCCUCACUGAGUAGCCCUUGCAACCACCCCCCCACCCUCACUGAGUAGCCCUUGCAACCACCACCCCCCCCACCCUCACUGAGUAGCCCUUGCAACCAGUGAAACAUCCUCUUCAACUGAGUCUUGGUCAGACAAUUUGAACAGUAACUGAUAAGAUGGAGAUAUUUAGUGAAAUAGAUUUUUAGAAGGUGGCAUUCACAACCAUCCUAUUGCAAGCAUUCCAGUUGACUACUUAAAACUGUUAGUGACUGAUGCCAUGGUGGAGCUUUUUGUGGUGGAAACCAACAGAUACGAUGAGCAACAGCAGACUACUAAGAGUAAGAGCUGUAAAGACACCCAGUGGAAGGCUGUUACUAAUGAGGUUUACAAAUUCUUAUACAUAAAUAUUAAGUUUGGGCUACAAAAAUUGCCUACUACUAAACUGCUCUGGACUUCUGAACAAAUUUGGAGGGUCCCAGUAGUUGAGGAAUUAAGGGUUGAACCAAUUAUGACAAAAUAAGACAGUAUUUUCACACCACCAACAAUGAAAACAUUCCACCCAAGAACAUUGUGAACUAUUAUCCCCUUUACUAAGAGAGACCAUCACUAGAUCACAUUAGGAAUGUGUGACAGUGUAUAAACCACAACAAGAGCUGUCCUUAAAUGAGGCAAUGGUUUGUUUUAGUGGCAGCUUAUCAUUCAAGCAGUACCGGUAAUUGAGUAACAAGCCAACUUCAUGGGGCAUCAAAAUUUGGUGCUUUACAAAAGCAAAAACUGGAUAUGUUCUUAAAUUUUAAGUUAGACUGGUAAAAAGUAACAAUCCAUCCAGAUUAUGUCAGUGCUGGAACCUUAUCUGGAUAAGUAUCACCAAGUGUUUUUCGACAAUUUCUUUUCCUCUCCAAAACUUGCAAAGGACCUCUUAGCAAAAAAAAACAUACAGCUGUGCAACCAUUAGGUCCAACAGAAAAGGCUGGCCACUACCAAGGUCAAAACAGAAGAGAUGAAGUGUUAAAAUUAAGCAGAAAGGUUGAAUGGUUGCCACACAAUGAACUGAUAAACGCCAAGUCAACAUUAUUAUAUCCACAAAUUCUGACCCAGCAGUGACCACGAUUCAACGCAGGUCAAAAGUGGGAAUGACGAUACAGCAAUCCCAAUGUCACUUGUAACCUACAAUUCAGGUAUUUUGGGGGGGACUUAUCAGACCAGCAUAUUGCUUAUUAUCCUGUGGGUCAAGCAAGUUAGCAAGUGGUGGAGGUAUAUGUCCAGGUACCUCAUAGAUCUUUCAAUGAUCAAAAGCUUUCUUAUUAUGAUUCUGAAAACUGCUAAACCAACUGAUGCCCCAGAGUGUUCAGCCCAAAGCCAUGUAAUGUUUCACAAGGCUGUGUUAGACCAACUUUUGACUACUGCAGCUGCAAAUGCAGGCAGCAGGAGUAUCUCUGCCACAUACAGCAGUCAGCAUAUGUUGAGUCCAGUGACUCAAAUGUUGAUGUUACUACCAAUGCUCAACUGAUGUUAACAAGAUGGACAGUGGUAGAAACAGGGAAACAACUGGCUGUCAUUUGCGUCAGGUUCAUCUUCACAAGACCUAAUGCUUUUCUUGUUUCGAUGACUCUACAGUCAUAGUAAUGGCAAACUACGGGGGUAAACGCCCUUAAAAUUCAGCCGAAAUUUGAUUACAUGAUUUACAGCAAAUAUUUUUGUAAUUUAAAGUAUCCAAAAAUAUACAAUUACAUUUUUGAAAAGUUAAUUCAAUUUUAUAUUUUGUAUGCAUGUUUUGUUAAAACAGGUUGAUGCUUGGUUGUUGAAAAUAUUUUUUAACAUGAGGGUUAAUUUAUUUUAAAGUGAUCUCCCUUUGAUAGGAUUUCAGAGGGUUUUUUAGUGUUGGUAGCCAAUGUGUUUAAGGGAUCACAAAUAUUUCCUCUUUUUUAAAUCAAUCAAUAAUUCUGCUCCAAUUUAUAUUUUUAUAACACUGUCUCAAUCUCUAUAAAGUCUUACAGUUAAAAAAAUUUCUAGAAAUGUAAGUCAAUUUUAAUUUUUACAAGAAUCUGCAGGGAGCACUUUUGUUUAUUUUCUCUCCAGCCAUAUCCACAAUUCCAGCCUCCUCAUCCAUUUCCUGGCUUUCAAGCUCAUGGCUCCACAUCGUCAAUUCCGCCAGUAAGUUGAACUUCCAAUAAUGAAAAAAUCAUCUUAACAACAUUGGAGCUCAUGUUCCAAACUUAAACGAAAUUCUUAAGAGCAAACAGAGAAUUAAUCAACUUUAAAUUCUCUCAAUCCAGAUGUUUCCUUGUGUUCCCCCACCACCACCAUUGUUUACUGAAAGAGGCUCUGGGGAUGAAAAUGAAGCACUGUACAGUAUGCUCAUUUCCUGGUAUAUGAGUGGCUAUCAUACAGGUUACUAUCAGGUAAGUCACUAAAUGACUGUAACUUGUAGACUCGAACUUUGAUGUGGUUUUUUUAGAAAUCUUCUUUUAUAUUUUCUUUAUUACACUCAUGUACUUAAGUCAAUCAGAAUUUUUUUCUAAGAUAUUUUGAAUUACCCAGCGAAGGAUGUAAGGGUGGUGUUGCAAAAGGGAAGUGGGAAGUCAUUCUGAAUGGUUCCCAUAUGCAUCUUCCUACUACAUAAUUUUUCAUCCAAUGUGUGAUUUCUGAACUAAUAAAUGAUUUUAUUUAGUACCGUAUUGCUUCUUCUGGCAUAUUAUUAUUAUUUUAUAGGCUCAGCUUACUAGCGAGCUAGGCACUUUUCUGGCUCUUUGCGGUUAAAACGAAGGGUGGUAUGCUUAUGAAUGAACGGAUUUAUGAACUUAUAUAUACUGUGAUAAUGAUAAUUGUGACAAGGUCAUCAGUUUAAUGAUAAAAUUUAUCCAUGGUGAUUGAUCUCAAAUUCAGAAUAUAAAUGAUUUACUUUAACAUGUAGUCAAGAAUAAAGUGACUGAUAAGAAUUUUUUUCAAAACUUAACCAACGAAAAAUGAAAUGGAACUUUGUGUUUAAAGAACACAUUACAGCUGUUUUAUGGUUAUGGCGGUAGGCUGUUUACAAGGACUGAACUACACCUAUGAAGGAUGAUUUUUUUUAAAAAACUUAUUGCUUGUUCACACUGUAAUACUGCUAGAUUCUCUUGUAUUAUGGUAGAUAUUUGGAAUGUCAUGAGAUAAUAUAAUUUGAAGAUCAAUUAUUCUGUCAGUGAUAGUCUCUAAGAGUUCUUCAAUAAUAAAUCAAAAUAUUUUAUUUCUUCAUGCUCAGGGUUUGAAACAGUCAGCAGCAAAUGCCUCAGCAGCCUCUGGUCACAGAAGUCAUAGAUGAUAAUUAAAUUGUGUAAGGUGUAUGACAGAAAUUCCCAUCUUUUAACUUUCAUCGUGUACUUUAUUUUACUAUUGAAUAUGACUUAAGUUGUGAUUAUGCAAAAUAAUUGACUUUUUUGUUGAGUGACCACUUAUGAUUUUUUUUAUUGGGUUUUUUUUUUUUCAUAUUAAAAAAAUAUAACAAUAUUUAUGUUCGCAUGUGUCCAUUUUUUUUACAAGGAAUUUAGGAAUAAUUAUUUCAAGAAAAAAUUUUAAUCAGGGAGGUAAUUUAGACGAAAAUUUGUAAAAUAUUUAUUGUGUAAGGUAGCUUGAGCAAUAUGGCUGCUGGCCUGACAUCUUCAAAAAAUGUAUUAUUUACCAGUACCUAAACAAUUAUUAAUCUAAUUAAACA